ACCAUCCAAAUCUCUGAAACCAACCAAAAUGCCAUGGGCAAUCUGGAUCAAGAACAAAUCUGUAGUACUGGGAGACACCAUGAUCAACAACAUCCGUUGGGAUCCUCUGAUGAUUUACGGAUGGACGGACAAGGAACUCAUGGAAGCUUGGAGCUUCAUCUUCCCACUAACGGACAAGAGUAUGAAGGACAGUUGCCUUCCAUUAACAAACCCGGCCUGGUUCUACACUCCAAACCCAUGGUGGCGGUUCACUCUGGAAAGGCCUCCACUUCUACCUCCAGGACAGAUGAGCUCCAACACCUCAAAGACUCUCUUGGAGUCCGACCUCUCCGAAGCAUCGCUCGACUUGAUGGAGAGAGAGUUAGUCCCGCUGGAGAUAUGUCAGAGAAAGUUCCUAACUGGGGAAUCCACCGGAAUCCUGAUUCAAGGCAUUCACCCUCAGUUGAAGCUAAUCCAAACUAUCACAACAACAGCGAGCUUCACGCUCGGAACUCUGACCAAGCAAACUCAACUGAACUUAUUGGAGCAUGCCAUCACCCUGAUGACAGGAACCAUUGUCCACAGGGAGAAUCUUCGCCAGGUGGGAUGGAAAUGGAUGACAUCCAGGAGGGCAUUUGCCCAAGAAUGUGAGUCCUUUGAACCCCAUUUAUCUCCCAAAAUGAAUAUUUUAGUUUGGAAUUGCAGGGAGGCCAUGAAACCCUUCUUUAGAAGUGCUAUCCGUGAUCUAACAAACCUCCAUUCUCCUGGAAUUAUUGUUGUUACUGAGUCUCGCAUUAGCGGCUCAAGAGCUGGGAACAUCCUACGCUCCCUUCCCUAUGAUGGUAUCCACACCACCAACCCCAUUGGAUAUGCUGGGGGUAUUUGGCUCCUUUGGCGCAAAGAUAUGGUGGAUAUGGAAGUCCUUGCUGCAACUGAACAGGAAAUUCAUGCUAUUGUUAAGGAACAUGCUCCAAGUUUUCCAGGAAUACCAAAUGCAGCACUGCUUCAGGGAAACUAACAAAGUUGCUGACCUUCUUGCAAAACUUGGCUGUGGCCAAUCUGAACCUUUUAUUUCUUAUGUAACACCUCCUUUUGUUGUUAUGGAGGCUCUCUCUUUUGAUUGUAAUGCUGUUCCUUGUACCCGUUUAAU